AUGAAGAUACGUCGAGUUAAAGAUCGUUUGAAGAUGGUUUGUGCGCCAUACUAUUUGCCGAAAGAAAACAAGAGCAAGCCUGAGGGAGAGGACGCCCACUUCGCUUGCAUGGAGGAGCAGACAAUCGGCGUCGCGGACGGCGUUGGCGGCUGGGCUGAACGCAGUAUUGACGCUGGUGAAUACGCCCGAGAACUCAUGAUGAACUCAUUCUUCGCUCUUCACAAAAAUCCCAAAGAAAAGGAGCCACGUAAAGUCGAAGGAGUUGAUCCAAAAAGGGUUUUGCACGACGCAUUCUCCGUCACGGAAAGCAAAGGUUCUUGCACGGCCUGCAUCAUCACCCACAAAGACGGCGUUCUACGCGCUGCGAACGUCGGAGACAGCGGUUUCAUGCUGUUCAGGAAGAACAAGCUCGUAUACAGAUCGCCGUGUCAGCAGCGGGGCUUCAAUUGCCCAUACCAGCUGGGGAAUAACAAGAACAGUGACAAACCAGAGUGUGCCAUCGAGAUAAAGGUCGAAGUAAUGGAAGGAGAUGUUAUAAUUCUUGGAACUGAUGGUUUUUUCGAUAACGUGUUCGCGAGUGAAGCCGAGGAAGUUUUAGAGAGAGAGUCAAGGAAGAAGGGAGGGAUUGUACCGAAAAACUUGGCGUGUUAUAUUGCAGAACUGGCUUUGUAUAACUCGUUCGACAGGUUCAGAGAGAGUCCUUUCUCUAGAAAUGCAAAACUGGCUGGGAAGAACCGCAGAGGAGGCAAGAUUGAUGAUAUCACUGUGAUAGUUUCUCAGAUCGUUGCCGUCGACAGCUAG